AAAAUAAAAAAUAAUAUAAAUGGUAUUUUGUAAGUGAAAUCAUAUGAUAUGAUUAUGUAUUCUAUAACAAUAUUUAUGGAUGUUUUUAAAACAUACACUGAUUUUGUGUCUUAUCUAUGUAGAUGUCAUGUUCAGGGGUGGACUGACCAUUUGGAAACUUGGGCACUGCCCGAGGGCCCGGGGUCAGUAGGUAACCCCAUGAGAUGCCCCUGGUAUUUUUUUCAUAGGCUUUUUUGAGUUUGAGCAAGGACACAGGGGCCCCAUGAUCCCCUAUUGCCCGGGGGUCCCAUGAGUUGUCAGUCUGCCCCUGGUCAUG